GGAUGGCGGAAUCUACGCGGGUGCUUUGAGGUUUGUGUUACAAUUGAACUUCACUAGGUCAUGCUCCCUGCAUUAUCUAAACCAUCUGAAUCUAUAGACCUGGAAUACUUCCUUAGCGAAGAACAGACCGUGGUAAUUAUGCAUACUAGGUUUUAUUUUUUUUCAGAAAUAUAAAGAAAAAUGUCCACCUGAUAUAUGUAGGUUGUCAAACUGAUAUUGACAAUUUAUUAGUUUUCAGUUUGGGUACAAAUCCGGUAACUGAUGGUUCCGCCUAUCUUGAGGUUGGUGACAUCAAAGUUUCUUGCAGUGUCAAUGGUCCUACUGAGAUGCGUCAGGAUAGUCAGUUGGUCGCUGCUUUGAAAUUUGCUCCAUUUGUACGCUGGUUACCUAAAGAUAGCAUUGUGUCCUUGGAAAAAAAACUAAGCCGUUUACUUUUGAGUGCUAUUGAGCCUGCUGUUAUAUUGCAUCAGUUUCCAAGAGGCAAAUAUGAAAUUGUCGCAACUAUUCUGGAUGUGUGUUCACAUAACUCGACUGGGUUAAUUGGAGAUUGUUUGGCUGCUGCCGUCACAUGUGCAGGAUUAGCUUUGGUUAACUCUGGUGUUCAAAUGUAUGAUCUUUUAGUCGGAUUAAAUUUGGAUCUGUCCAAUCUUGAGAAUGAAAGUGGUCAUAUUUGUGUUGCCGUUUUACCUCGUCUCCGUCAAUUUUCUAUGUUGUAUACAGUGGAUUCACAUAUGCCUCACACAGAGUUUCUUCGGAAAUCUCUAGUAUAUGCUAUGGACAACUGUGUUAAGCUUGCAGAUGUAAUUCGAAAUAAUCUUUGUGGGCAGACUAGAGUCAAGCAAAUGAGUGAAUAAAUUUGUACAUAAAGUGUUCUGGUCUUUUUAAUUUGAAUUC